AUGGUACAGCCAAUGAAUCGGGCAAUCCUGGAUUGCUUUUCUCUCCUCCGCUCUCCUUCCUCCUCCUCCUCCUCCUCCUCCUCCUCCUUCUUCCUUCAACGCCCCAGCACAGCCCUGCGAAGAAGACGGACGCCAAUCUCCAGCACCCACAAUGCCACCGCUCAGCAAAGAAGAGGCUAUCUAGGCCAAUCUCAACGCAGAAGAGCCACCACGGCCGCCGGCGCGGCAACUUCCUCCUCCCAACAUCCCAUCAUCGACCACCACUACGAUGCCAUCGUUGUUGGAGCAGGCGGUGCCGGUCUCCGCGCCGCCGUCGGUCUCGCCGAAUCCGGCCUCGAAACCGCCUGCAUAACCAAACUCUUCCCCACACGCUCCCACACCGUCGCCGCGCAGGGAGGCAUCAAUGCCGCGCUGGGCAAUAUGACAGAAGACGAUUGGCGGUGGCAUAUGUACGAUACCGUCAAGGGCAGCGAUUGGCUGGGGGAUCAGGACGCCAUACAUUACAUGUGUCGCGAAGCUCCUAAGGCGGUGUAUGAGUUGGAGAACUACGGGAUGGCGUUUUCCAGGACGGAGGAUGGGAGAAUCUACCAGCGGGCGCUGGGGGGCCAGAGUUUGAAGUAUGGAAAGGGUGGACAGGGAGUCAGGUGCUGUUCUGCCGCGGAUCGGACGGGGCAUGCGAUGUUGCAUACGCUGUAUGGGCAGAGUGUCAAGGUACGUUUGGACCGAACGGGAAGUGGUGGAUGAGUGCUGAGUUUUGCGGUUGAAGCACAACACGAACUUCUUCAUCGAAUACUUUGCCAUCGAUCUGUUGAUGGUGGAUGGAGCCUGCGUUGGUAUCCUCUGCAUGUCCAUGGAAGACGGCACCUUACAUCGGGUCUUUGCGAAGAACACGGUCCUUGCGACGGGUGGCUACGGACGAACGUACUUUUCCUGCACUUCAGCACACACAUCUACCGGAGACGGAAAUGUAAGUCAUUCUUUCGAGCAGAAGCCCGUCACAUCUUUGACUGAUUUGUCACAGGCCAUGGCUGCACGAGCAGGCCUACCCAACCAAGACUUUGAAUUCAUCCAAUUCCACCCCACAGGGAUCUACGGCGCAGGCGUUCUCAUCACAGAAGGCUCCCGCGGCGAAGGCGGCUACCUGCUCAACGGCAACGGCGAACGCUUCAUGGAACGCUACGCACCCACGGCCAAAGACCUCGCAUCUCGCGACGUGGUCUCCCGAUCCAUGCACCUCGAAAUCCGCGAAGGACGCGGCGUAGGACCCGACAAAGACCAUGUCUACCUACAACUCAGCCAUCUUCCAAAGGAACUCAUCUACGAACGUCUCCCUGGCAUAGCAGAAACGGCCAGUGUUUUCUCCGGAGUCGAUGUUACGAAGGAACCGAUCCCCGUGCUUCCUACAGUGCACUACUGCAUGGGCGGAAUCCCCACCAACUGGAAAGGCCAGGUCCUCAACGUCGACCCUGUUACUGGUCAAGAGAAAGUCGUAGAGGGUCUCUACGGUGCGGGAGAAGUCGCUUGUGUUUCCGUCCAUGGAGCCAAUCGUCUCGGAGCGAACAGUCUCCUCGACAUUGUCGUUUUCGGCCGAGCCUGCGCACUGGAUAUCGCGGCGAAUAACGAAAAGGGGAUGCCUCACAAACGAGUCCCCGACGACAUCGGAAUGGACCAUCUCCAAGAAAUGGAAAAGAUUCGCAACGCAGACGGCGAUAAGCUCUCGGCGGAGAUCCGAACGGAUAUGCAGAAAGUCAUGCAAGCCGAUGUCUCCGUCUUCCGUACGCAGGAAGCGCUCGAGAUGGGCAACAAACGCAUGUCCCAGGUGCAAUCCGAUUUCGCCCACCGGCUCGCCGUGAAGGACAAGAGCAUGAUUUGGAAUUCCGACCUGAUUGAAACGCUGGAAAUGCGGAAUCUCUUGACCUGUGCGGCGCAGACGGCCAAGAGCGCCCUGCUGCGGGAGGAGAGUCGCGGGUCGCAUGCCCGGGAGGAUUUCCCGGAUCGCAACGAUGCGGAGUGGUUGAAGCAUACGCUGUCCUGGCAGGGGAGGAAUGGAGACGAGGUGGCGGUCGGGUAUCGGAGGGUGGUGAUGGAUACGCUCGACCCGGGGGAGAUGGAGAGUAUUCCGCCCGUGAAGAGGACUUAUUAG